CUUCUUGGCGUAGCCAUUUUACGUCUAUCGUUGGCGCAGAAUAAUUUCUUAUCAAUAGUUAUUAGGUACAUGAAUUAAGAGUUUGUAGUUUUAUACAGAUCAAUCCGUGCCAGAGUUCAAGAUAUCCUAAAUUACUCGACUCUUUCGUGACAUCGUCAGUUAGCUGUAAUCAUGAGUUAUGGGUACAACAAAUACAGCUCAAGUAUGAGCUCUAGGGGAAGAGGCUUUAGUUCACGUGGUGGCAGUUCUUAUCGAGGACGUGGAGGUGGAGGGGAAUGGAGUGGAGGUUCAACCACGACAAUGGGAAGCCGAGGUGGUGGAGGUUAUUCUGCGUCUCGUGGAAGGUUCAAUUAUUCCACACCGAGCUAUGAUUCGCGCUCAAAAUAUACCUCAGGAGGAGGUUCUGAGCGUUAUUCAAGUCGUGGAGGAAGAGGUGACAAUUCCAAUUCUUACAAGCGUAGCAGCAGGGAUUCAUAUUCUGGUCGAGAUGAACACAGAUCCUCGAGUGAAUCAGCCCGCAAAAGAUUGAGAACUGACUCUUACCAGGGAGGUGGUAGCGGUAGCAGUUCCCAGAGGUAUUCUUCGUCGUACGGUGGCUCGUCCGCUGCCCCAAGUUAUGAUGACAACAAGAGAUCCUCGUCGUCAAGUGUUUACGACGACAGCAACAAGAGACCAAGCGAGCGACCUUCCACUUAUCACCGAUCCGAAGAUCGCCACUCAGCCUCGCGGGGGUACGCGCCUCCUCCACCCACUCGUAAGAGCCAGAUGCCACCCCCUUCAGUACCAAGAUACACAACGCCAAGUCGUGGUCGAAUAUCACAUCAGACCGGCAGCUACAGGGGACGCAUUUCGACUCGGGGUGGCAGAGGAUUUCAACGUCUCAGUUCUCGAUCCGAUGCGGUCUCGGCUCGCAAACGUACCCUGCAUUAUCUUGACUACCGUCGCAAGUUGAUGACGUCGAGGUCUCGAGACUACAUUCAACGGGUUCGUGUUGCCUCGACCAAGAUACGAAGGAGUAGCGGUACUACUAGGAUUGCGGGAGGUAAAAAGGAUUCGUCGGUCAGCUCCAGCGUUAAGGACAAGGACAGAGAAAUGGCCAAAGUUAUCAAUGCUGCAUUUUCUGACGACGAUGAGGACGAAGAUGAUAAGAACAACUGGGACGACGAUGAAAAGAAUCCAGAGCAUGACGAGGAAGAAGAUGAGGAAAAGAAGAAAAAAGAGGAGAAGAGAAAGAAAGAAAAACAGGAGAGGGAUCGAGAGAGACCAGAUACCGAAGACGAAGAUAAAGAAGAUAGGGAAAAGGAGGAAGAAGAUGACGAAAAGCAUCGGCAGGAGGAGCCAGACGAAGCGGAGGACGAAGAAAUAGAUGAGGAAGACAAAGAGGCGCACGCUCGAGGGGCUGCGACAGAUGAAGCAGUCCGACGUGCCGAUGGAAGGCGGUUCAUCAAGCUGAACUGUCCGCACUGCGCACACCGCAGUGUUACUUUUAAGGAAUAUUCACUUCACCUCUACUCCGGGCGACAUAACGCUGCGAUGAGACGCGUCGCUGCCAGACACAAGGCAACGCUUGCGCGUAUGCGAGUCAUUCAACGAAGAGAUCAAAGAAAUGUGGAGGCAAGGGAUGCGCAGCGUGGCACCUUACCCUCGAGGACGAUGUUCUGUCCCAUCUGCAAGCUGAAUUAUCGAUCCCUCAAAGCUGUUCAUCAGCUUUCAGAAUCUCAUCGUCAAAUGAAACGAUUCCUGACACCGUUCUGCCGAGUCUGUAAGAUCCAAUUCCGAUCACCUAUGCUUUAUGAAAGUCACGUAUGCACCCUGGAUCACAUCAAGCGGAAAAGCGCUUUAGAAGAUAGAAUAGGCAAUGGGGCAGUCGACGGUGCAGAGGGAGAGGCGGAAUCCAGCGGUCCUGACGACGACGACAAGGAAGUUAACUUGGAUAAUUUCAUGACGCUGGAUUCGGUGGGCGAUGUGGACGCCGAAGAGAACGAGGAGACGGCCGAAAAGAAGAAAAAAGAAAAACCGGAUGGCGAGACGCCGGUAGAAGGCGAAAAGAAAGCCAAGAACAAGCAGAUGAUCAAAGUCGGAGCGGAAUACAUAAAACGUGUCGAAGUUCAAUUCUGUGAAUUGUGCAAAGUGCACUUACCACGUAGCGACAACCUGGAGCAAGCUGUCGCUCUACAUUGCUCGACUCGCAGUCACUUAAAGCGGUACGUUCGCGAUAACGACGACAAGGCGUUACGGCGUCAGGCGGAGCGUAUUCACCUUCAAACUUCCUCUGUUAAUGUCAGUUUAACUUCGAACACGACGACAGCCACGGAAGGGGUAAAAACUGAACUUGCCAGUCCUCCGGCCCCAACGGUCACCAGUGCUAAUACAACAGCUACCACUAGUGUAACAGGUUCUGAGGGGGUGAAAACCGAUCACAGGAGUUCUACGGAGGGCGAAAAAGCAGUUAAAGCCGUUGGAAAGAACGCAGCAGGUGAGGAAGACGACGAAGAUGAUUACCGAGGUGACAGUACAGACAAAAUUUGGGAUGACGUUGAUAAAGAUUUAGGUGAUAUUUUGCAAGAGGUGGAACCAAGCGCUAAAUCGAGCGACGACGAAGACUCUCGUUACGACCGGUUCCGCAAUUCUGAAAAGAAGCUGCACAACAAAGAGAAGGAAAGGGAAAGAGAAGCCAAUGAGAAAGAAGGCGAGGAUAAAGACGGCAUUAAAAAAACUGAUGUGAAGGUAAAAAGUGAAAAAUCAGAAAAAUAAUGACAAGUCAAUAACUUGUAUCCGCCUAUCCAACUGAUGUCAAUAUUGGAGUAUGCGAUCCCAAAGCUGAUCGAGCAUAUUCACGAAGACAAGCCCUACAAGGUGAUGGGUCAUCCGAAAUCGAUGCAUAGAGUUGUUUCUACGACGUUUCUUAUGAGGUAUCUAAGAUUAGUUAUAGCAAAAGUACAGGAUUAUCAUUGGUUAAACCAUCGACUGCUCAAAAGAUCCUAUCUGGUAUUAGCCUCUAGUGUUAGGUAUGGAAAAUGUCUGAAAAUCGCCAAGUUUUUGCGUUAUCGAUAAAUUGUGUAUCACACUUAUUUUCCCUUUAGUUCUUAAGACUCAUUUCCAUACAUCCGUAGACGAUACUAACUUUAUACGAUCUAAAAAAUAAAUCAGGUAAAAAGAAUCCUGAGCCACCAUGUCCAUUGAAAAAAAUAAAAUCCAUUUUACUGUCAGACAGAGCCACCGCAAAGCAGAGUACAUAUGUAGACCUAAUAUAAGCAAUCAAGUACGUUAAUUACGAUCAAUAAAAUAUUAAUAUCAUAA